AUGAGGAUGCGAAGUGGCAUUGAUGAGCCGUUCUUCAGAGGGAGCUUCCCAAAAUGUAACAUUAGUAAGGUGGACAGUUCGGUGGAAAAGACUGCUGAGCGAGGGAACCCCGGCAGUAGCAAACGAAUCAGCAGAUGCGACUCCUCUUUCUUUCGCAUUUUGAAUAUCGUGUUCGUUGGACUGUGCUUCCUGGCGGUGGAGGUAAAGUCCUGUCACGGGGCUGCUACAGUUGCGGCUAUGGCUGCGGUGGCGGCGAAUGGUCCAACCGCGCAGAAAGUAACUACUCAAUCGCGUGGUUUCGCAGCCCAACGAUGUGCUCCUUCCCCCCCUUUUCAGACUACCCUUUUUGCGAAGAAUGGAGAGCCCCAUGGAGAAGCAGCCGAAUGGACAAGCGGAAAGGGAAGGCGAUUGGCUUACCAGAACUCUCCUAAGGCAACCCCCGGAGGAGGGAGACCCAACAUGAUAGAGGAGAAUGAAAGCCUCUUCGACCCUGCAGUGUUGGCCCAUAACAACAGGAGCGACAAUUCCUGCCAGGACAUGUAUGGGCUGUCUCAGCUCCUCUGCAAGUAUAACGAGUGCUUUAUUAGAAACGGCAGCAGUGGUAGUGGCAGCAGUGGCAGUGGCAGUGGCAGUGGCAGUGGCAGUGGCAGCAGUGGUAGUGGCAGCAGUGGUAACGGCAGCAGUGGUAGUGGCAGCAGUGGUAGUGGCAGCAGUGGUAGUGGCAGCAGUGGUAGUGGCAGCAGUGGUAGUGGCAGCAGUGGUAACGGCAGCAGUGGCAGCAGUGGCAGUGGCAGUGGCAGCAGUGGUAACGGCAGCAGUGGUAGUGGCAGCAGUGGUAACGGCAGCAGUGGAAGCAGUAGCCGCAGUAUCGCCAGUGUUGACAUCCCGUGCAUCUGCUGGGAGGAGGGCGCGCCUGCAACCUCGGCAGAAGUAUCCCUAGAAGAAGCGCGCGACGAAAUCCAACCGAGACGAAACAGAUUCAUCAAAAAGGGAUACUUUGAGUACAUGCACCGUCCACAGGAAAUGUCAGAAACGGAAUUCAUAGAAAAAAUUUCCAACCUAGGUGAUUAUGUAGAUCCCCAAGAAAUGAGCUCCAUUUUUUAUUAUGUCCAUACGAAUGAAAGGAAAAAAUAUUUUGUAAUGCAGGAGAAUGUGAUUACCCAUUGGGAGAACCUCUGUCACAAUUAUAAUGUGAAAGAGGAUUUUAAAAAAGAGCAGAUGAGGAGUUUAUAUGAGGAGACUACAAAUUUUUUUCUCUUUAAGGAGAAGCAUUUUCUUAAAAGCUUUAGUAAAUUUGUUCGUUUUGGGAGAUACAACACGAAGAAGUUUACGGAGGGGCUGAUUAGUUACAAGCAUUUGUGGAAGGAAUACAGGAGGAUGGUAAAUAACUUUUGUAGCGCCAAACUGGACGAGGUGUUGAAAGCAUAUUGGGAGGAGAACAGGGACGAGGCCUUCCAGAUGCGCAUCCAGUACUGA